AUGGCAGGCCCCAGCCGGGACAGCCUGGCCGACACGCCGGCGGGGCGAACCCUCCUGGGGUUGCUGGACUUGGCCGGAAAGGACUUUCGCCGCGACGAAGUUAUGGCCUGGCUUACCGGUUGUCCAGUCCGCCCACCCAGGGGCAAGGAAUCCACUUUCAGCCCCAGCCAAUGGGAUGCCAUCAGCCGCCAGGCCGGCAUUGUCGGUGGCCUGGACCAAUGGCAGACGAGACUUGAAGCGUUUGAACUUCAGACCAUGGCAAAGGCCGAUAGUGGGGAAGCUGCGGAGGAACUUUCCGUAGGCCGGGCUGCCGCAAUGCGGGCCAGCGCGGGUAUCGCCGGCGACCUUAGGGAGUUCAUCAAGGACUUGUCCAUAGCGGUUGCUGCCCCGCCGCCCGGCAGUUCUUGGCCCACUUUCUGCGAGUGGGCUUCCAAACUCCUGGAAGGCUACAUUUACCAGCCUCCUUCAACGGGCGACAACAACAAACAGGCCGGUCUGGAGCAGGACAAGAAACGUAUCGCACAGAUUCUGGAUGACCUGCGCGCCGCUGACAGCAUCAAUCCCUCGGCCUCGGAGGAAGAGUUCAAGCAGGUCUUGACGGACUCCAUGCAGGUGCAUCAGGGACACCUUGGCCCCACGGGGCAGGGCGUUUUCGUGUCAUCCUUCGCCUCAGCCGCGGGAAUGAGUUUUGACGCAAUCUGGAUGUUGGGCAUCUAUUCCCUGGCGGCGCAGCAGUUAGUCCCCGGCGCUUCGCGUUUCCAGGCGGCUUACUGGUUCACUUCAGGAGGAGGAGGCUUUCAGUUUGCCCCUCCCGACUUUUUCGACAUCAGCGACGACGAUACUGCCCAGCGCUUCAGGGAAGGAGCGUUGCACAUAGUUUCCGGCAUCCAGGCCGGAGUGUUCCCGGCCAAUCCCGGGCCCUUUUCCAACGAGAAUUUCGCCAACUGUCGGUAUUGUGACUUUGACCGUCUCUGCCCAGCCCGGCGGGGCGAUAUUUGGGAACGCAAGAAGCAUGACCCCAAGGUAGUCUCGUAUCGGGAACUGGCCGAGGAUGGCGUGCAAACUGAUUUGGACGGGGAGGUGUAA